AUGUCGCAAAAGUCCGCUAAAACACACCUUAUCGAGGCCCUUGCUUGCAACGCAAUCCUGGCGAUGGAAACUGAAGAAGAGGAAAUUGACGACAUUAUUGAAAACUUUGAGAACGAUUUAAGUGCAGUGUUGUGCAUUCGAUAUGCGACUUCUCGAACCAUUAAAACUCCAAAAUCUAAAGAGUGGAUUUUUAGUGUCUUGCCAAAUUAUGCCGAAAGAGAGUUCAAGGAAAAUUUAAGAGUGUCAAGGACAGACUUUGGUAGAAUAUUAAACAUAAUUUCUCCCUACGAAGGAUUUUCAAACAUCGGACCAGGGAAACAAUUUCCAAUUGCAAUCCAAUUAGCCGUCGCACUAUUUCGAUUCGGGGUGAACGGUACUGGGGCGUCUUAUUCGAAACUGGCUCAAAAAUUUGGAAUUGGUAAUGGAACAGUUGAUGCUAUCACCAAGAGAGUAAUAAAGGCUAUCGUAUCAGUUGAAAAAGAAUGGAUUUACUGGCCUGAUGAAACUGAACGCGAGAAAUUGGCUGAAUUAUGCCCCCAGCUUCCAGGCUGUAUCGGAAUUGUUGACGGCUCCCACAUUAAUUUAGAGGAAGCUCCCAUCAACGAUCCCCAGUCUUAUUUUUCACGUAAAAUGAGAUAUUCCAUUCACCUACAAGGGAUUUGUGACGCAGAGUUGCGAUUGAGACAUAUUUUAGUUGGAUACCCAGGAUCAGUACACGAUGCGCGAGUGUUUGCAAAUUGUGAUAUUGCGAAACACCCUGAAAAUUAUUUUAACCUAGGGCAAUGGAUAGCCGGCGAUUCAGCCUACAAACUUCAGCCGUACUUGAUUACCACGCUUCGGACUAAUGCAGUUAUUGGAACACAAAAAGAAAGAGAUAAGUUCAACAAAGUGUUUUGCAACUUCCGUGUCAAAAUUGAACAAGUGUAUGGGGGUCUAAAAGAAAUUUUCACGAGUCUGAAGGAGCUAAGGAUGCAAAUUAACUUUCAAGAUGGCCAUCAAUAUGCUGUACAAUGGAUUACAGCUUGUUGCGUGCUAUACAACAUCAUUUUGGAGUCUCUUGACGAAUAUCCGGUCACAGACGAAAUGCUAGGUGAUGAGAAUGAUCAGGUCAAUCCCCGAAAUGGGAACCUCCGACCGUCAGCUAUUGAAAAACGGGAUGAAAUAUUUAAUUAUGUUCAGAGCCGAUAA